AUGCCAGCGCUGUACAGCCCCGCCCCCUGCUCUGACCCCGCCCCCGGCACUGGUCCUGCCCCCUCCCCUGGCCACACCCCCUCCAUUGGCCACACCCCCUCGCGGCAGCGGCUGGUGCGCAGAGACGGCUCGGGGGACGUGGUGUUCCGUCACGUUCCGGCAGAAUGGCUGCUGCUGGUGACGGACAUCUUCACGACGCUGAUGGAGAUCCGCUGGAGGGUGAUGUUCCUGCUCUUCGCACUCUCCUAUAUUCUGUCCUGGACCUUCUUCGGCGUCCUCUUCUGGGUCGUGGCCAUCGCCAACGGAGACGUCCAGAACCACAACUCUGAGCCCUGCGUCUACGAGGUCAGAAGCUUCACUGCUGCUUUUCUCUUCUCUCUGGAAACACAGACCACCAUCGGAUACGGUUUCCGUGGGAUGUCGGAGAACUGCCUGUCUGCCAUCGUCUUGGUAACGGUGCAGGACGUGAUGAGCUGCUUCAUAGAUACCUUUGUGAUUGGGAUCGUCGUGGCCAAGAUGGCGUCCGCUCGGAAACGUGCUCAGACCGUGGGCUUCAGUCACUGCGCCGUCAUCAACCUGCGUGACGGCGCCCUCUGUCUUUCGUGGCGAGUCGGCGACUUCAGACGCCACCACCUGGUAGAAGGCACCGCCCGAGCCCAGCUGGUCCAUUCCACCGUCCACUCCACCGGCAAGGUGGAGGUCCGUUACACAGACCUGGUGCUACAGCAGAACACAGUGAUUUUGGCCACCCCCAGUCUCAUCACUCACCGGAUCGUCCCUGGGAGCCCGCUGUAUAACAUGAGCCUGGCAGAUCUGCGGAGUGGCGAGGACUUUGAGCUGGUGGUGACCUUCACGUACACCGACGACACCACAGGCAUCCUGCACCAGACCCGCACCGCCUACACGCCCACUGACGUCCACUGGGGGGAGCUGUUCCAGGAGAUGAUCCGCGUCACACGCCGAGGAUACCGUGUGGACUACAGCCUGUUCCACUCCACCGCCAGGGUCCUGGUUCCGAUCGUUAGCGCCGCAGAGUAUGAGCAGAAGAAGCAGUUGAAGCUGAACUCCCCUCGCCACUCCCCCCGUUCCUCCCCUCGCAACUCCCCACGCCCACAAGCCCCGCUCUCAGAUCGGGACGUAAACCAGAACCGGACCUCAGACCUCCUGAAGCCCCCGAGUGUCACCGUGGAGCUGGCAGACGGAGAUCUCCCCCAUAGAAGCCACAUCUGA